AUGCUGAGGUUACUAUAUAUGCUGUUAUGCACUACAUUGCUAGUUUACAGUGCUGAUAAUGCUACAGAAGUAAGUGUUUAACUAUAUUAUUCUUCUGCUUUCUACCUUCUUUAUUUAAUAACCUUUGUAAUUACCAUAAAACCACAAAUAUUUACCAUUCUUUCUUGUAGACAACUCCAGAAUCCCGCAAUGAAACCUCAGUAGUCGUCCGAGCCAAACGCCAAAUGGCUUGCUGCUACCCCACCCCCAUGGUGUGUUGCCAAGCUCAACCCAUGAUCCCAAUGCCAUUACCUAUCAUACCCGUAACCGAGAAGCCAUCAUGUGACUGUAUCCGCCUCAGAAUCGAGGUACAACAAUGUGAUUGUGCUGGAAUGCAACAAUCUCAAUGUGGUUGCAGUUCGCAGCAACAAAACUCCUGCAACUGCCAACUAAUGCAACAACAAGCUGACCAAUGUGGCUGUGGACCUCUGCAGUACCAAGUACAAUGUAAUUCGUGUCAGCAACAACAGCAACAACCGCAGAUGAUUGUGUUGCCGCAACAAACGCAACAAUGUGCACCAGCUUGUCAACCCAGUUGUGAUCAACAAUGUAUUCAAGCUCAGAAAGCGCAGAUUAUUGUAGUGCAACAGCCUCAACAACAACAACAGUGUGUACCACAAUGUCAGCCAUCUUGUGAUCCACAGUGUGUCAAUAUCUACAUUCAGCAACAGCCGCAACAACAGGUAAAAACUUUGGGUUUUGGGUUAUAAAAUACGGUACUCCAUUCAUUCAUUGAAAAAUCGUAUAAUAUUGAAAUGGCAUUUUUAAAGGCCUUGAAACAGAAUGCCAAAAAGCGCGAGGAAAAAAUAAAAUUCAAAUUUUUGCAAUUUUAAACUUUAAUAAAAAUGUCAUAAUCAAAGUAAAAAACAAAAUUUAAAACUUUUAGUUUUCCCAAUGCAUGCCAGCCUGCCAGCCUAGCUGCUCAUCCCAAUGCCUACAACAACAACAGAUGUGUGCCCAAGCUUGUCAGCCAUCGUGCCAGAAUAACUGCCAGAAUGAUCAACAAUGCGUAGCCAUGUGUCAACCAGCAUGUGUACAAUCUUGUGUACAACAAGCUGUUCAGGUAUGUUUUUGAAAAAAACUAGGAAAUUUGAAUUUCUGUUUUGGCGCCAAAAUUGGCAUUGCGGUUUUUAUGGUUUUUAGGCUUAAUUUUCGCAAGAUUUAAAAAAGGAAAGGUCUUGAUGCGUAUUUUACAUUUUUUUCAAAAUUUAUUUUAAAAAUUGUGCUAGUUAAAGAGUGGUUUGAAAAUGGCACUAACAGUACUAAAAAGCUAUAACUUUUAGCGCAACUACAUGCCAGCGCAACAGCAAUGCCCUCAGAUGUGCCAGCCGGCUUGUUCAAGCCAAUGUGUUCAACAACAACAAAUCUGCCAGGCUGCAUGUCAACCAUCGUGUCAGAGUACGUGUAGAGACAACAGCAAAUGUGUACAACAAUGUCAGCCAAGCUGUGAGAAUGCUUGUAUGGAGCAGGCUAAGGAGCUGAGUAUUCAGGUAUCAAAAUUUUACAAUUUUUAAAGGACCAUUCAAUAUAAAUUUAUGUCCUGACCUUCCGCAACAAAUCAGGGGAAAAAAAGAGAGCGCGGGAAAAACGCGGGUAAAGUGGGGGUAUGUUAGGGUUAUGCAAUAGUAAUGUAGAGUAGGCAAAGUAGGGUUUUUAAAACGCCACUAUAAUGUCAUUAUUCCCUCUUUUUUAGGUAGUAAUCAUGGCCAAUGACAAGAACAAACAACAAUACUGCCCACAACAAUGCCAACCCUCCUGCCAACCGCAAUGUAUGCAACUUGUGCAGCAAUGUCCGCAACAAUGUCAGCCAUCUUGCCAACCUCAGUGCAUUCAACAACAAGUCCAAGUCCAACAAUGUCCUCAGCAAUGUCAACCAGCCUGUAACCCUGCUUGUGUCAUUCAGAUCCAACCCAUCAUACCAGCCUCGUCGUGUCCUCAACAAUGUCAGCCAGCUUGUGCACCAUCCUGUACUCAACAGCAGCCACAGUACGUUUGUAUGCAGCCAUGUCAACAACAAUGUCAACAGUCGUGCAACAACAACCAGAUGUGCAUGCAGUCGUGUAACACGAAUUGUAUUCAGUUGUGUGCUCCGCCAAUGACGACCAGUGAAAUGCCUCCGGUGAUUCUGCAGCCGGUUGUCACUACCACUCAAGCACCAUGUUUGCAAAUGUGCGCGGUAAGUAUUGAUAUAUAUGUGGAGGUUAUAUAGCUGCUUUAUAGUUAUUUUAACUACUAGUAUUAGUUUUUUAAAUAGGCGUGUAAACUGUUACCUAAAAUUUAAAAAAAAAUUAAAAUUCUUAAAAUAUAGAUUUCUUAUCAAAAUUUUAAUUUUAUAGAGAUAUUUUAAAAUUUUAAGCAAAGGAAAGCCUUACAAUGUCUAAAAUAAUACAAAUCUCUAUGGAAAACUACCUUAAUAUUGCCCUCGCCGCAUCGUGUGUCAUUAGUAUAGUGGGAGAUUUCUCGCGCACCGUUCAGAAGGCCUGUGGUUCGGUUGUCGCGCGAGUAGAGUCCAUUUCAUUUGAGGUUUUACAUUUAUUUCGAAAUGUAACGCCGAAACAGGGUGGGCAAAGAGUUGCUAGAGUUGUGUAUGUCGUAUCUUAUCAAUGAUUAGUACGGCUUCUGUAUUCUAGGACAGUUAUUUUGUAAAAUACGCUGUAUGGUUGCCAAAACGUAAAAUUUUAGGAAAAAUUUGAAAAUUUGGGUUUUAUGGCAGGUUUUAUAUCAUGAAAGGAGUUACUAUAGUUAUGGUAGUGAAUGUUACAGUAUAAAUUGGCAAUUUUUUAAAAUUUUACUUUAAUAUUUAACUGUAAGAUCACCGAUACCAUUACCUACACCCUUCUAUAACAACAUACUUUUAGCCUAUGCCAGUAAUGCAAUGUAUGCCUCAAUGUCAGCCAUCGUGUAGUCCUCAAUGUAUGCAGCAAUUUGAUAGUCAGCGUCAACAGGCCCCUACUACAAUAUGCUUGACCAUCAACCCUCCCAUGGUAUCUUCAAGUCAAGGUUGUUCGUGUGGUCAAGGCUAUGUUCAGUGUAACCCUGGCGUCUGCUGUCUCCGCCGACGCGUACGCAAAGCCAAGAUGUAA